CUCUCUCUCUCUCUCUCUCUCUCUCUCUCUCUCUCUAAUGGCGACCAAUGGUGAUAAUAUAAUCAAAAUGUUGGGGUUAUUAAUCACAGUAAUUACAUUCGUUAAUCACGGUGUUAACAGAGCCAGGGGACAAGGGGUGAAGGAAACAGGACUGUUCCCGUUCGGGGACUCUUACUACGAUGUCGGAAACAAACAGUUUCUCACCAAUGACUUCUUGCCUUCAUCUACUUGGCCGUACGGCAUUUCCUCCGACAAACCCAACGGCCGCUUCUCCGACGGUCGUAUCGUCCCGGAUUUCAUCGCGGCGUUCAUGAACAUACCAAACCCUAUUCCACCGGCGCUUAAACCGAACGCAGAUUUCUCUCAUGGAGCUGGUUUCGCCGUCGCCGAUGCUUCUGUUCUUGGAAAUUCUUCUGAAACUAUGACGUUUCCCGAGCAAGUGACGAAAUUCGGAGAUAUGAAAUCGAAUUGGAACGAUACGUUCCUCCGAGAAUCUCUGUUUCUGAUCCAAAUCGGGACCGAAGAUUACUUGAAUUUCAUAAAGGGCACCGAUGCCGAUGUCACUAAACAGCAAGCCUUUGUCGCUGUCGUGAUCGGCCGAAUAAAGAGCGGUCUCUCCUUACUAUACAUGCUGGGGGCAAGAAAAUUCGGGUACCAGACAUUGGCGCCGCUAGGUUGUCUUCCGAUUGUGAGGCAAGAACAUCAGUUAACAGGAGAUGCUUGCUACGAAAAACUCAACGAGUUAGCGAAACAACACAACGAGAAGAUCCGGCCGAUGUUAGAAUCUCUUGCGAAACAGUUCACGGGAUUUCAGUACACCGUUCUUGAUUUCUACGGCGCCCUCUCUCGCAGGAUUCUUCCAGCAGAUCAUGCCUCCAAUAUUUUCAACAGAUACAGAUUCGCUAACACAAUAGACGCGUGCUGUGGAAUCGGAUCGCACAAUGCGUACGGGUGUGGUUCCAUAAUCGUACACUCUAAACUGUGUGAAUACCAGAGGGCUUAUCUCUUCUACGACGGCAAACACAACUCCGAGAAGGCGAACGAGGAAAUCGCUCACCUCUUCUUCGGGGCCGACCCCGACAUCGUCGGUCCCAUGACUCUCCGUGAGCUCCUCGUCUUCCCUCCUAAUGCAUCCAUGCUCGAGUUCUAAGCAAGGAACAUCAUCUUCUCAUGUUGUCCCAAUGAGAAUAAUUUAAGCUUUCGUUAUAUAUAUAUAUACAUAUAUAUAUGUGUGUGUGUGAUGAAUCGAAAUGAGGGAUGUGUUCCUCUACAAUUAUAUGUAUCAUGAAUUCGAUUUCGCUUUGGACUUGAAUGGCAUCUUACAACUUCUUUCA